GAGUUCAGCUGAUGCAACCUAACUGGACCCGCGUGACAGUUCGCGGCACGCGGCGGUGGCGGCGGCGACCGAGAAAGGGGCGCGGGUGCCGGAGACGACAAAGCCAUGGGGGACGCUCUGAGCCCUGAGGAGAAAUUGCACCUUAUCACCCGGAACCUGCAGGGUAAAAGAUGAGCAAGGUGGGGCAGUGGCAUUAAACCAGCUCUUCUGCUUCCACAACAGGAGGUUCUUGGGGAAGAGAAGCUGAAGGAGAUACUGAAAGAGCGGGAACUUAAAGUUUACUGGGGGACGGCGACCACAGGCAAGCCACACGUGGCUUACUUUGUGCCUAUGUCCAAGAUUGCGGACUUCCUGAAAGCAGGAUGUGAGGUAACGAUUCUGUUUGCGGACCUUCAUGCGUACCUGGAUAACAUGAAGGCCCCCUGGGAUCUCCUAGAACUCCGAACCAGCUAUUAUGAGAAUGUGAUCAAGGCAAUGCUGAAAAGCAUUGGGGUGCCCUUGGAGAAGCUCAAGUUCAUCAAAGGCACUGAUUACCAGCUCAGCAAAGAGUACACGCUAGAUGUGUAUCGCCUCUCCUCUGUGGUCACACAGCACGAUGCCAAGAAAGCGGGAGCUGAGGUGGUGAAGCAGGUGGAGCACCCUCUGUUGAGUGGCCUGCUGUACCCUGGGCUGCAGGCCUUGGAUGAAGAGUAUUUGAAAGUAGAUGCCCAAUUUGGAGGCGUUGAUCAGAGAAAAAUUUUCACCUUUGCAGAGAAGUACCUCCCUGCACUUGGCUACUCAAAACGGGUGCAUCUGAUGAAUCCUAUGGUUCCAGGAUUAACUGGCAGCAAAAUGAGCUCUUCAGAAGAGGAGUCCAAGAUUGAUCUCCUUGAUCGGAAAGAGGAUGUGAAGAAAAAACUGAAGAAGGCCUUCUGUGAGCCAGGGAAUGUGGAGAACAACGGUGUUCUUUCCUUCAUCAAGCAUGUCCUCUUUCCCCUCAAGUCUGAGUUUGUGAUCCUUCGAGAUGAAAAAUGGGGUGGAAACAAAACCUACACAGCUUACGUGGACCUGGAAAAGGACUUUGCUGAUGAGGUUGUACACCCUGGAGAUCUAAAGAAUUCUGUUGAAGUCGCCCUGAACAAGUUGCUGGAUCCCAUUCGGGAAAAGUUUAAUACCCCUGCACUAAAGAAACUGUCCAGCGCGGCCUACCCAGAUCCUUCAAAGCAGAAGCCAGUUGCCAAAGGCCCAGCCAAGAAUUCGGAACCAGAGGAGGUCAUCCCAUCCCGGCUGGAUAUCCGUGUGGGGAGAGUCAUUAGUGUGGACAAGCACCCGGAUGCAGACAGCCUGUAUGUGGAGAAAGUUGAUGUCGGGGAAGCUGAGCCACGGACCGUAGUGAGCGGCCUGGUGCAGUUUGUGCCCAAGGAGGAACUGCAGGACAGGCUGGUGGUGGUGCUCUGCAACAUGAAACCCCAGAAGAUGAGGGGAGUUGAGUCCCAAGGCAUGCUCCUGUGUGCUUCUGUAGAUGGGGCAAGCCGCAAGGUUGAGCCUCUGGACCCUCCUGCCUGCUCUGCCCCAGGUGAGCAAGUGUUUGUGAAGGGCUAUGAGGAGGGCCAACCAGAUGAAGAGCUUAAGCCCAAGAAGAAAGUCUUUGAGAAAUUGCAGGCUGACUUUAAAAUUUCUGAGGAGUGCAUCGCACAGUGGAAGCAUAUCAACUUCAUGACCAAGCUAGGGUCCAUCUCCUGUAAAUCGCUGAAAGGAGGGAACAUCAGCUAGCCAACCUGGCAUCUUCCUCCCUUCUCUCAUCAUCCUGAGUCAUCUCCUGUCUCCUUAAUUUGUUCCGUCCAUCACCUGCUUACCCAUCUCCCAGGACACUGAAGCAGGAAGUUUGGGACUCUGUUAGGUGCAAGAUAUGGUGAGGAGCAGCUCAGCCUCCCCAGGAUCCAUGAUCACCCUGUCUGACUGCAGGGAGAGGCUGACCUCCCAGGUAGUGCUGAGGGCGGGGCAGUGCAGGGAGUCCCGCCCUACCUUCUUCCCUUGGCAGCUGACCUGACAAAUCUGGUUUCAAUAUAACAUAACUCAGAAAAAGUUUAUGCCAUAAUCCUUCUAAUUGGAAAAAUAUUGGUUUCCAGUUUUCCUAGAGUUAUCCCAGCAGCUGUGCCUCUGCCUGGGGUCUGGUGCCUGAACUGAGCUAAUUACAGCCUCUCCCCAACAGGAAACUGUGGGCUUUGAAAAGGGAAGGGAAGGGAAAACAGAGAACCUAGUGGUCUACCAAAUGGCUGGCAGCUUUCCCCCAUGCCUGCCAACCCUGAAGGCUUGGCACUGGGGGGCAGAGCCUGCCCCAGGGCCCCUGGAAUGUCCUUUGAUCCUGCUAGGCGGAGCGCUUCCUUAGCCAGCUGCAUGUUGGUGGAUGGCACAGCCUGGUUCUUUCUUCAGGGAGGGUGGGGUACUUCUCCAUUAGGCAUUUCAGUCAGAACCACGAAGCAUCACUGUCAUAAAUUCAAAUAAAGUAUCUGAACAAG